GUUUUAUUAAAGUUGUAAGAUGGCGACGGUGCAUCUAAGGAUCGGGGACCUAGUGUGGGGGAAGCUCGGUCGUUACCCACCAUGGCCAGGAAAGAUAGUAAGCCCUCCAAAGGACCUGAAAAAGCCCAGGGGCAAAAAAUGCCACUUUGUGAAAUUCUUUGGAACUGAAGACCAUGCCUGGAUCAAAGUAGAACAGCUGAAGCCCUACCACGCUCACAAAGAGGAGAUGAUCAAGAUAAACAAAGGGAAACGCUUCCAGCAGGCAGUCGAUGCAGUCGAAGACUUCCUAAAGAAAGCAAAGGGAAAAGAACAGAACUCAGAUGGCAAAGGAGACUCAAAAGGAAAGAAGACACCGAACAAGCCUCUGAAAAUACUGGAGGAGGAUGAUGAAGAUCUCAGUGCCCUGAAGGACCCCUCUGAGAAGGACUUAACUGACUCUGACCCCGAGCCAUCCAGUAUUGAGAGGCUGGGGGCUGGACCUGGCUCAGGAUUCAAAUGGGAAAGCAGUCCUGUGAAGGAUGACCCACAUUUCCAUCACUUCCUACUCAGCCAGUCUGAGAAGCCAGCGUCAUCAAUGGAACCCAUUAGCAAGCGCCUGAAGAUAAUUGAAGAGGACACAGGGUCAACAUCUAUCCAAGCAGCCGACAGCACAGCCAUCAAUGGCAGCAUCACACCCACAGAUAAAAGGAUAGGCUUCCUGGGUCUGGGGCUGAUGGGUAGCGGUAUAGUUUCUAACCUGCUGAAAAUGGGUCACGUCGUCACAGUGUGGAAUCGCACAGCAGAAAAGUGUGACCUGUUCAUCCAGGAGGGGGCCAGGUUAGGCCGGACUCCUGCAGAAGUGGCUUCCAUGUGUGACAUCACUUUCUCCUGUGUCUCUGACCCAAAGGCUGCCAGGGAUUUGGUGUUGGGACCCAGUGGAGUGCUGCAGGGAAUCAGGCCAGGCAAAUGCUACAUAGAGAUGUCCACUGUAGACCCAGAGACCAUCACAGAACUCUCACAGGUGAUCACGUCGCGGGGCGGUCGAUUCCUGGAGGCUCCAGUGGCGGGAAGCCAGCAGCUCUCCAAUGAUGGGAUGCUGGUCAUCCUGGCAGCUGGAGACAGAACAGUCUACGAAGACUGCAGCAGCUGCUUCCAGGCCAUGGGCAAGACCUCCUUCUUCCUGGGUGAAGCAGGGAAUGCAGCAAGGAUGAUGCUGAUCCUCAACAUGGUACAGGGCAGCUUCAUGGCCACCAUUGCAGAAGGGCUCACUCUGGCCCAGGCCACUGGCCAAUCACAGCAGACCUUCCUGGACAUCCUGUGCCAGGGCCAGAUGGCAAGCACCUUUGUGGACCAGAAAUGCCAAAAUAUUUUACAGGGCAACUUUAAGCCAGACUACUAUUUGAAACAUAUUCAGAAGGAUCUGAGGCUAGCUAUCUCCAUGGGCGACAUGGCCAACCAUCCAACCCCAAUGGCUGCAGCUGCCAAUGAGGUAUACAAGAGGGCUAAGGCACUGGACCAGUCAGACAAUGAUAUUUCUGCAGUCUACAGAGCCUACAUUCACUAGAAAGGGGUGUGACCUAUCCUCUGGACCACAUAGUCUUUAAUCCAUUCUUAUUUCUCCCUCAUCAUUUACUGUUUUUUUUUUUUUUUAAUUUUAGUAAUUUUAUUUCAUUCGUCCCCAGCGCCAGCUGUUACUUGCCCACAAGUCGCAGGAUGUAAUUCCUUUUUCAGAGGCAACAACCUUGAGCAUUGUACUGACUGUACUGGGGAAAUGUACGCUGUAAGGCCUGGGACACGCUGCCUGCAUUACCUGUGCAUGGCCGUCGUAGAACGUCUUGAUUUUCAUGUGAACAGGUUAGAGUGUCCACACAGCCUGCGUGAGACACAAGUCUGCAGCGCCACAUCUAGUCUUGUUCAUGCAUCAUGUGCACAGUUCCCAGCAAAGACAGACAGGGAAAAGAUCCGUUGAUAGUAUUGACAUCAUACCAGCAACGUUACAUAAAACAGACGUGUUUCACUAUAGUGUCGAUGUCUAGGCUGAAUGUCCCAGACAUGGAAACA